CGCUUCAGCAGAGCUUCUAGAAUUUUCUCCAACUUUAAACCUCAAAUCAUUAUUCCUUCCUUCGCCAUUCUGAUAGAAACUUUUGUCAGUUAAGCAUCUUUUCAAUUUGUUUUAUUUUAUUAAAAUCUCAAAAUGUCUGGCCGUGGAAAAGGAGGCAAAGCAAAGGGAAAGUCAAAGACCCGUAGUAGCCGCGCGGGUCUCCAAUUUCCAGUUGGACGUGUUCACCGUCUUCUUCGCAAAGGAAAUUAUGCUGAGAGAGUUGGUGCAGGUGCUCCGGUAUAUUUAUCCGCCGUUUUGGAAUAUUUAGCCGCUGAAGUACUCGAGUUAGCUGGAAACGCCGCUCGGGACAACAAAAAAUCAAGAAUUAUCCCUCGUCACAUCCAACUGGCAAUCCGUAACGACGAAGAAUUAAAUAAAUUAUUGUCCGGAGUGACAAUUUCCCAAGGAGGAGUUCUUCCUAACAUCCAGGCUGUCUUGUUACCCAAGAAGACCUCCACCGGUGGUGGCGGAUCAAGUGGCAAAGGCGACAAAGCUUCCCAGGAAUUUUAGUUUUAGUUUCUUAAAUUAAUUAAUCAUCAAUUAUUCAUUUAUAAUUUUUUAAGUGCCUUAUUUUAAAGAUUUUAAGUAUUAAGAUUAUAUUUUCAUACUCGACGUAAAUCAAAAGAAAAUGAAACAGUGUCUAUGCUUGUUUACGUAUUUUUAAAUAAUUGUAUUUGUUAACAUUGUGUGUACAUGAAAUGAAAAAAACAAAUAAUUAUAUUUAAUUUAAUAAAUUUUUCCUGUAAUGUAAUAUU